AUGGCCGAUCAGCUCAAGGAAAUCGCUGAGAUCCCCCGCGACUUCCUCAGGGAAGGAACGCAAUUUCUCCACCGGUGCACAAAGCCCGACAAGCGCGAGUUCAUCAAGAUUUCCCAGGCCGUGGGCGUCGGCUUCGUUGUGAUGGGUACGAUAGGAUACUUUGUUAAGCUGAUCCACAUCCCCGUUAACAACAUUCUCGUCGGCGGAGCUUAA